CCGGCCCCGCCAGUAGCCCGGAUGUAGCGCACACGGGAGCGCACAGUGGCUCGCGGAUGAUAACAUGGCGCUCGCAGACACAUAACGGCGCCCACUCGGAUCAUAACAUCCACCGCAGCGGAGCCACAGCGAGCGGCGGGACAUGUGGUCCGGGGUUUUCCAGCAUGUUUGGGAAGAAGAAGAAGCGGCUGGAGAUCUCAGCCCCGUCAAACUUUGAGCACCGCGUCCACACGGGCUUCGACCCGCGGGAGCAGAAGUUCACCGGGCUGCCGCAGCAAUGGCAGAGCCUGCUGGCGGACACCGCCAAUCGCCCUAAGCCCAUGGUGGACCCCUCCUACAUCACCCCCAUCCAGCUGGCGCCGAUGAAGAUAUCUCCCAAGAAAGUCCGGUCAUCCGAAACGCCGUUGCCCAAAACCAUCGUUCGAGGGAACCGGCCCCCCAAAGACGCCUCCAUCAACGGCCUUCUGGAGGACUUCGACAACAUCUCCGUGACGCGCUCCAACUCCCUGCGCAAAGAGAGCCCGCCGGGCCCCCACCAGGCGGGAGGCGGCCCCAAGCCCCCCGGCGGCGGCGGCGGCGGCGGCGUCCGCCCCGGCGCCCCGGAGGAGAACGGGUUCAGCCACUACUACUCCCGCUACUCCUGCGACCUGGACACCUCCGGCCGGGACUUUUCUCUCGACGCCGGCAAGCCGAGCUUCUCCGCGGACGGGGAAUGGGCCGCCGGCAGGCACUACCGGUUCACCAAGCAGAACGGCCACUCGUACCCCAUCCGCAGCCCCUUCUACCCGGACGCCAUGCCCCAGAAGGCCGACUACGGCAAGCUCCCGCCGGACUACCACACCUACCUGGAGAGCAAAGGCCGCUCGGCCGACGAGGCGGCCUCCACGGUGGGCAGCGGCGUGGGCUCCAGCGGCUACUACCGGGCGUCCGUCGGCGGCUCGUCCAGCCAGGACUACCGGGACACGUCGGUGGGCACGCCGUCCCGCGCCUCGCUGCGCAGCGAGCAGAUCAACUACCCGGACAGCGAGUGGAGCUACGGCGGCCUGCGGGACGAGUACGAGAAGCGGCCCAAGAGCUCGUACGUGGCGCAGACCAGCCCCACGCCGGCCAUACGGCAGCGGUCCCGCUCGGGCUCCGGGCUGCAGGAGCCCAACGUCCCCUACGCCGCCGGCGGGGCGUUCAAGAACCCGCCGCAGGCCCACCCGUACAGCUCCUACACCUACCCGCGCCUCUCGGAGAGCCUCGCCAACGUCCAGACGCUAACCAAGGGCGACUACGAGUGUCCCGCGCUGGACGGUAGUCCACAGGUCGCGGGGGGCGACACGUACUCGAGGCUCUUCAAGCAGCUGAGGCCACAUGAGGCCGCCGGGCUACCGCCCGCUCACCUGCCUACCCGCCCGUGUUCAACAUUACAAGCGUCACUCUACCUACCUCUCUCCCAGCCCAGCCCGCCCUACACCCCCCAGGGGGCCUACUCGCAGCCCUCCUCCCCCUACAUCCCCCCGGGGGGCUACCCGCCCCCUUCCUGGGGGUCCAGCUCGGACACGCAGCCUUCCAGAGUCUCUCACGAGCAGUUCAGGGCUGCGCUCCAGCUGGUGGUCAAUCCAGGUGACCCUCGGGAAUACCUGGACAGCUUUAUCAAAAUCGGCGAGGGCUCCACGGGUAUCGUGUGCAUCGCCAGCGAGAAACACAGCGGCAAGCAGGUGGCCGUGAAGAAGAUGGACCUCAGGAAGCAGCAGAGGAGGGAGCUGCUCUUCAACGAGGUGGUGAUCAUGAGGGACUACCAUCACGAGAACGUGGUGGACAUGUACAACAGCUACCUGGUGGGGGACGAGCUGUGGGUCGUCAUGGAGUUCCUCGAGGGCGGGGCUCUCACCGACAUCGUGACUCACACCAGGAUGAACGAGGAGCAGAUCGCCACGGUGUGCCUGUCGGUGCUGAGGGCUCUGUCCUACCUGCACACGCAGGGCGUCAUCCACCGCGACAUCAAGAGCGACUCCAUCCUCCUGACCAGUGACGGCAGGAUCAAGCUAUCAGACUUCGGCUUCUGUGCCCAAGUUUCCAAAGAGGUGCCCAAGAGGAAGUCGCUGGUGGGCACGCCCUACUGGAUGGCACCGGAGGUCAUCUCCAGACUGCCUUAUGGGACCGAGGUGGACAUCUGGUCUUUAGGCAUCAUGGUGAUCGAGAUGGUGGACGGAGAGCCGCCCUACUUCAACGAACCCCCUCUGCAGGCCAUGAGGAGGAUACGGGACAACCUGCCCCCUCGGCUAAAAGAGUCGCACAAGGUGUCCUUGGUGCUGCGGUCCUUCCUGGACCUCAUGCUGGUGAGGGAGCCGUCGCAGAGGGCCACGGCCCAGGAGCUCCUCCAGCACCCCUUCCUCAAGCUGUCGGGACCGCCGUCCUGCAUCGUGCCCCUCAUGAGACACUAUCGCCACCGCUGACCUGCUGCCCCCCCCCCCCCCGCAGACCUCGGGAAAAACAAAAAAAAGAGUUAAACUACCCCCCCUCACACACACACACACACACACUGCCAGGGUGGCACUGCCCUGACCCCCACCCAACCACCCGCAGCGCUACACCUGUACCCGUGACGUAGAUUAGCCAGAGGAAUUACACUUAAAGACAGAAAGAGACAAACGGGAAGAAAAGAAGGAAACUUUGGGAACUCGGCUCCGCAGGGGGCGCGACGAGGUAAAAGUGGGGCUUCUCUCGUCUUCUCUCUUGGCGGCGCACCCCCCCCCCCCCCCCCCCCAUACACCCCCCGCCCCUCCCCCCCGCCGCUCCGCAGGGGGCGCGGCGAGCCGCCGACGUGGUGGAGGGAUCCGGAAACCGAACCGGAGCGAUCCGCCGGUCCAGCGAACACGUCUCUCCUCUCACACACAAACAGUGUAAAAUGUAUUUUAGAGAAACUUGUACAGUUUUGAUAAUUUGCAGUAUUUUAUCGUGUCGUAACCAUUGUAAUAUGAGCAGUAUUAAAUAGUUUCUGCAGAGAUUUUUCCUACUGUUUAUAAUCCAGUUUUUGCUUAAAGAUAUACGAGACCCAAAUAAACCUACCUAAACCUAACUGUUACUAAAAAUACUAAAUAUAUUUAUUAUCUUACAUUUGUAGACAGAACUUCCAUUAAAUGUUGGGAAAAAAGGGUAAUGAGGGGAUUUUGUAUGACGUUUUGAAGUAUUUAUUUAUUUAUUGGAAUAGAAGGAUUCCUUUUCUUUGGUAGUGUGGCCUUUUGUUUUGUUUUUGGAUUUUACAUUUCAAAAAAACGCAUCACAGACAGCGAUCAGUUGUUAUAUCAUCCAAGCAAUACCCCGAUCCCAUUGAUGUACUUAUGAUACUGUACUUACACCCUGCAUUUAAAUGUAGCAACGAGACCAGUGGGGGAAAAAAAGAGACCGGUUUUCUUUUUAUAUCAAGAGUCUCAUCCUGUUUCCAUCAACGCCGGGAGGCGCCCGUCCAAGACGCCGCCCCCCCUCCCCACAACCCCCUUCCCCCCCGGCGCAGAUCUUAGGAUGCCGAUAGAAAGGUCUCGUUUUCUACCCACAUCCUCACCGUCAUCAUCUCACCGCUUAUCCUCAGUGGGACGACUCGCUAUCUGUGCAACCGUGCUGCCAUUCUCAUCUGUGGUCGGACCGGGAGAACAGUGUAGUCCCCCCCCCCCCGCCGCGCCGUUUUUUACCCAUCAUUCACUGUGAUAUGUAAAUACAACUGUGCAUACGUGGACGUGUGUGUGUGUGUGUCAACGAGCAAAAGAGGUUAGAGCGUGUUUAUCUCUGUACAACAUCUGAACGUGUGCGUGUGUGUGUGUGUGUGUGUGUGUGCGUGUGCUGCCGGUAUCCCUCGACAACGUGCCAGGACCUGAAUGAGUAACACGUAUCUGUGGUGUUGGCUUGUACAGUGAUAUUGCAUGUUUGUUAUCAGUGAAGCUGGUUUCAAUUAAAAAACGCCCAUAAAAACAUU